AUGGAGUCUGUAGAGACUAAGCCUUAUGUCAUUUCUGUCAAUGACCCACAAAAGAUUUAUCUAGAACAUAAGUUGAAGGUUCAAGUGAGAAAACUUGUUGAAGAAUACUCUACUGAAUUUACAUACGACUCAAUCGUAAUCCAAUGUAAAGAUAGAAACAAUAAGUCCCUUCAGAAAUUCGCAACUCAGCUAAAUAAUGCUCUGAAAGAUAUAAACGAAUUUGAUCCUCCAGAUAUUACAGAGGAGAUGAACACAUUCCUCUCCCAAUCUCCAAAAUCUGAAAAAAAGAGUAGGAUUGAGAUAUACACUGAAGAACAAGAUCUGCUAAUCCACUCUUCUAAGGUCUAUGGAACACAAACAAACUUUGACUUGUUCUUAGAGAGGAUCAUUGAAGACUUUAAAAGCUACAAGAAAGACAUAGAAGAAACAGAUGGCUCAGAAGAAGUCAAAUACCAAGAACCUACUGAAGCCGAUGAUUCACAACUUGAAGAUGAGAAAUCAAAGUUUAUAGCAAUCAGAAUCCUUCCUCACUGAAUGAAGGUUGUCUUUGCUCCAUACUAUUACCAAUUGAUGGUGAGCAUAAUUGAGCAGGACCUGAAUAUUGACCUGUUCGAUGAUGUUGAAGUCCCCUAUGGAGACAUUAAGUUUAAAAAGAAAGACUCUGAUUUGUCAAUCAUCUUCAUAGUCAGUGUAAACUCAUAUCAUGACUCAAGGGAGAGUAUCUUUCAGUAUUACUUAGGAGAAAUCAGGAAAGAUAUUAAAAAAGCAGAAAGUCUAAAGAAGUUAGGAAUACUUGAAAAGAAGAUAUAUUGGUGGAGCUUCGAAGCUGAUUAUAACUACUUCAUCCCAUACUCAAAGUCAAUGAAUACAAUUACUGAACGAGCUUAUCAGGACUUUCUGCAGAAAAAGAAAAUGAAUUUGCCUACAUCACCUUUAAUAUACUCCGAAAUCAGUGGGUGUUAUCAUAUUGAAUUUGAUCCGAAAAAUGCUAAUUUUGGAGCUCAAAAGAACACUAAAACAGGGAUGAUUCGAAAAAUAAGAAGAACUUGUCAGGAAGGGACUCUACCUAAUAGCAAGAUUGAUUUGACUAAAAAGGAAUUGAAGUUUAAACCUCUAAAAGAAGUCAUAACUGAUUACCCUAAACACUGGACAGACAUCGAAAAUCUGAGCUACAAAACCAGCAUUUUUAAUAUGGUUUCAAUAGAUCUUAAGUCAGAAGAGGCUAAGAAUGUGAUUCAAAGAAUAAAUAACUCUAGGCUUAGAGAUUUAAAAGUCUACCAAAUCGAUAGAGUUCAGAAUUUGGUUGCAUACCACAAGUACAUUAAGGAGAAGAAUAUGUUGGAGCAGAAAUAUGAUGAAGGAGCUAAACUGGAAAUGAAUUUAUUCCAUGGAACUCGCACUUGAGAUCCUGUACAGUUGAUUUCAUCAGAAGAAGGUUUUGAUAUGAGAUUUUCUAAUGAUGGAAUGUGGGGAAGAGGAGUGUAUUUUGCAGAAAGCCUGAAUUAUUCAAACCAAUAUGCAUAUAAAUUACCCUCUCCUCAUAAUCAUGUCAAGCAAGUUUUCUUAGCUAAAGUAUUAACUGGCCAAAUGUACUCAAGCAAGGCUGAUAGGACACUAAAAAUUCCUCCCACAAAUCCAGAAACUAAUCUAAAAUACGACUCUAUCCUUGGAAGUAGCGGGAUUCACAUCGUUUAUGAUAACGGUCGUAGUUAUCCUGAAUAUCUCAUUUCCUACUCUUGAACUGAAGAUUCAUCCAGAUCUCCCUUCAUAACAACACCCUUCUCUCAUACCUCCUCUACUAAGCCUACUGUUCCUCUUUCCAAUACUGCUAACCCAUUCAUGUACUCCAACGUGUCUCAACAGAAGCCAACUACAAGCCUAUUCGCUGUCAAAAAGCCUAAAAAUUACACUAAAAAUACUUUUUAG